AGACUUAGCUGUGCGUCUCAGGGACUUCCAGGGCUCCCUCGCCUCACCGACCCGUCGCUUGCAUCACUCCAGCCCCUCACUCUCUUUCGCGGAGGGGUGUAUUCUGUCCUCUCUGCUAAGGGGCCCCAGGAGCUAUGGAGCGCGCGGCAGGUCCUCUGCAAGCUGCCUUCUCCAGCCCGGUUCUCGAAAGCAAAGCCCCGGGGGCCCCGCUGGACUGUGUGAAGACUGAUUGUCGUUCCCCAUCUCCUCGAGGGGAUGGUGCCGGGGCUUCCCAUUUCUCCGCGGAGCUGCCUGCGUGCCCAGAGGGUGGUACCCUGCCUGCCACCCCUCACCUGAACCGGCUUCUCGCCCUCGGGGCCCUCCCCGCUAGUGCCAGCUCCGCGUUCGCGGCUCCUGGACGGCCCCGGGAAUCAGCCAGGUGGAUGUUUUGCGUAGCCGGAGCCAAGUUGAAGAGAGAACUUGAUGCCACCGCAACAGUAUUGGCAAACAGGCAAGAUGAGAGUGAGCAGUCCAGAAAACGGCUCAUUGAGCAGAGCCGAGAAUUCAAGAAGAACACUCCAGAGCACUCAGGAAGCAAUGACUGGCAGAUCUCUGAUUUGCGCAAGCAGGUAGCACCACUGCUCAAGAGCUUCCAAGGGGAGAUUGAUGCACUGAGUAAAAGAAGCAAAGAAGCAGAGGCGGCCUUCUUGACUGUAUACAAGAGAUUAAUUGAUGUUCCAGAUCCUGUACCAGCCCUGGACCUCGGGCAACAGCUGGAAAUAAAAGUGCAGCGUCUACACGACAUUGAAACGGAGAACCAGAAACUUAGAGAAACACUAGAAGAAUACAACAAGGAGUUUGCCGAAGUGAAACAUCAAGAGGUUACGAUAAAAGCACUUAAGGAGAAAAUCCGAGAAUACGAGCAGACUCUGAAGAGCCAGGCCGAGACCAUUGCUCUGGAGAAGGAACAGAAGUUGCAAAAUGAUUUUGCAGAGAAGGAGAGAAAACUGCAAGAGACCCAAAUGUCCACCACCUCAAAGCUGGAGGAAGCCGAGCACAAACUCCAGACUUUGCAAACAGCCCUGGAAAAAACUCGAACAGAAUUAUUUGACCUGAAAACCAAAUAUGAUGAAGAAACUACUGCAAAGGCCGAUGAGAUAGAGAUGAUCAUGACUGACCUUGAACGAGCCAAUCAGAGGGCAGAGGUGGCACAGAGAGAGGCAGAAACUUUAAGGGAACAGCUUUCAUCAGCCAACCACUCUCUGCAGCUGGCCUCACAGAUCCAGAAGGCUCCAGAUGUGGAGCAGGCCAUGGAGGUGCUGACCCGAUCCAGCCUGGAAGUAGAGUUGGCUGCCAAAGAGCGGGAGAUUGCCCAACUGGUGGAAGACGUGCAGCGACUCCAGGCCAGCCUCACCAAACUGCGGGAGAAUUCUGCCAGCCAGAUCUCACAACUGGAGCAGCAACUGAGUGCCAAGAAUAACACACUCAAACAACUGGAAGAAAAACUCAAAGGCCAGGCUGACUAUGAAGAAGUGAAAAAAGAGCUGAACACCCUGAAGUCCAUGGAGUUUGCACCAUCGGAAGGAGCAGGGACACAGGACUCUACCAAGCCCCUGGAGGUUUUACUCCUGGAGAAGAACCGCUCGCUGCAGUCUGAGAAUGCCACGCUGCGCAUCUCCAACAGUGACCUGAGCGGGUCAGCCAGGAGAAAAGGGAGAGACCAGCCUGAGAGUCGGCGCCCGGGACCCUUGCCGGCCUCCCCUCCUCCUCAGUUGCCCCGCAACACGGGGGAACAGGUUUCCAAUACUAACGGUACACACCACUUCUCACCAGCGGGGUUAAGUCAAGACUUUUUCAGCUCAAACCUGGCCAACCCCAGCCUACCCCUGGCUUCUACAGGAAAGUUUGCACUAAACUCUAUUCUCCAGCGACAGCUAAUGCAGUCCUUCUACUCCAAGGCCAUGCAGGAAGCCGGAAGCACAAGCACGAUUUUUUCAACAGGUCCUUACAGCACAAACUCCAUAUCUUCCCCAAGUCCAUUACAACAAAGCCCAGAUGUAAAUGGCAUGGCCCCAUCUCCCAGCCAAUCAGAAAGUGCUGGGAGCGUCUCAGAGGGUGAGGAAAUUGAUACAGCAGAAAUCGCACGGCAGGUCAAAGAACAGCUGAUCAAGCACAACAUUGGACAGCGCAUUUUUGGACAUUACGUCUUAGGACUAUCUCAAGGGUCUGUGAGUGAGAUUCUGGCCCGGCCCAAGCCCUGGAAUAAGCUGACUGUCCGUGGCAAGGAGCCAUUCCACAAAAUGAAGCAGUUCUUGUCUGAUGAACAGAACAUCUUGGCACUUCGUAGCAUCCAAGGCAGACAGAGAGAGAAUCCAGGCCAGAGCCUGAACAGACUCUUUCAGGAAGUACCGAAACGAAGAAAUGGGUCUGAAGGUAACAUCACUACCCGGAUCCGAGCAUCUGAGACUGGUUCUGAUGAAGCAAUCAAGUCUAUCCUGGAACAAGCCAAGAGGGAACUCCAAGUGCAGAAAACUGCUGAGCCAGUCCAGCCAUCUUCCGCAUCCAGCAGUGGGAAUUCUGAUGAUGCCAUCCGCUCCAUCCUACAGCAGGCCCGCCGGGAAAUGGAGGCCCAGCAGGCGGCCCUUGACCCUGCCUUAAAGCCAGCACCACUGUCCCAGCCUGACCUCGCCAUCCUCACUCCCAAGCUCUUGUCUGCCUCACCCAUGUCUACUGUGUCCACUUACUCUCCUCUUGCCAUUCCCCUGAAGAAAACCCCUGCAGCACCUGAGGCCAGUACCUCGACCUUGCCCAAUGCCCCAGCCCUCAAAAAAGAGGCUCAGGAUGCACCUGGGCUAGACCCUCCAGGAUCAACUGAUGCUGCCCAGGGGGUACUGCGACAGGUGAAGAGUGAGCUGGUCCGUGGCAGCACCUGGAAGGAUCCUUGGUGGAGCCCUGUACAGCCUGAAAGAAGAAAUCUCACCUCUUCCGAAGACACCAAGGCUGAUGAAGCAGCUGCAAGUGGGAAAGAAAAGGUAGUCAGUAGCCAACCUCGGGCUGAGCGCAGCCAACUUCAGGGACCCUCAUCAUCAGCAGAGUACUGGAAAGAGUGGCCCAAUGCUGAGUCGCCAUACUCCCAGAGCUCAGAGCUGAGUCUCACUGGAGCCAGCCGCAGCGAGACACCCCAGAAUAGUCCUCUGCCCUCCUCCCCAAUCGUGCCCAUGGCAAAGCCAGCAAAGCCCUCAGUACCCCCACUGACUCCUGAGCAGUAUGAGGUCUACAUGUAUCAGGAAGUGGACACCAUUGAGCUCACCCGGCAAGUCAAAGAGAAGUUGGCCAAGAAUGGCAUUUGCCAGAGGAUCUUUGGGGAGAAGGUACUGGGCCUGUCCCAGGGCAGUGUCAGCGACAUGCUCUCAAGGCCAAAGCCAUGGAGCAAACUGACCCAGAAAGGCCGAGAACCCUUCAUCCGGAUGCAGCUCUGGCUGAAUGGAGAGCUAGGCCAGGGUGUUCUGCCUGUGCAAGGGCAGCAACAAGGGCCAGUCCUCCACUCAGUGACAUCUCUUCAGGACCCCCUCCAGCAGGGCUGUGUAAGCUCAGAAAGCACUCCAAAGACCUCUGCCAGCUGUAGCCCUGCCCCUGAGUCCCCAAUGAGUUCCAGCGAAUCCGUGAAGAGUCUCACUGAACUGGUCCAGCAGCCCUGUCCUGCCAUUGAGACCAGUAAAGAAGGCAAACCGCCAGAACCCAGCGACCCGCCAGUCUCAGACUCCCAACCCACAACACCGCUGCCUCUCUCUGGACACUCAGCCCUCAGCAUCCAAGAAUUAGUAGCCAUGUCUCCCGAGCUGGACACCUACGGCAUAACCAAGAGGGUCAAAGAGGUGCUGACGGACAACAACCUCGGUCAGCGCUUAUUUGGGGAGACCAUCCUGGGGCUCACCCAGGGCUCUGUCUCCGACCUCCUUGCCCGCCCAAAGCCCUGGCAUAAGCUCAGUCUGAAAGGACGAGAGCCCUUUGUCCGCAUGCAACUAUGGCUGAACGACCCCAACAACGUGGAGAAGCUGAUGGACAUGAAGCGGAUGGAGAAGAAAGCCUACAUGAAGCGGCGACACAGCUCUGUCAGUGACAGCCAGCCCUGUGAGCCCCCCUCUGUGGGCAUUGACUACAGUCAAGGCGCUAGCCCUCAGCCACAACACCAGCUAAAGAAACCUCGAGUGGUGCUGGCGCCCGAGGAGAAAGAAGCGCUGAAGCGAGCAUAUCAGCAGAAGCCAUAUCCGUCACCAAAAACAAUCGAGGAGCUUGCCACACAACUCAACCUGAAGACCAGCACCGUCAUCAACUGGUUCCAUAAUUACAGGUCUCGAAUCCGCAGAGAACUGUUCAUUGAGGAGAUUCAAGCCGGAAGCCAGGGCCAGGCCGGUGCCAGCGACUCACCUUCGGCCCGAAGUGGCCGCAUCGCACCCAGCUCAGAAGGUGACAGCUGUGAUGGUGUGGAGGCGGCUGAUGUAGAGGAGCCAGGUGGCACUACAGUAGCCACCAAGUCUCAGGGAGGGCCGGCAGAGGUGGCCGCAGCCCCGGCCGACCAGGAAGAGGCAACGCAGCCUGCUGAGAAGGCGAAGGCGCAGCCACUAUCCUCAGCGACCCCAGGACAGGACGACGGUGAAGAUGCGGGCAGGCCUAGGCCACCGCCCGAAGGCCUCACCGACACCCCGGCGCCUGUGCCAAACCUCGCCGCACCAGCGGCCGGAGAGGACGCCGCUACCUCAGCCACUGCGAAGGCCACCGAGGCCCCUGGGGCGGGUAGGGCGGGCCCUGCAGAGAGGAGUUCUGCAUUGCCAAGCACCAGUGCACCCGCCAACGCGCCUGCACGAAGGCCUAGCUCACUGCAGAGCCUCUUCGGCCUGCCUGAGGCAGCAGGUGCCCGGGACAACCCGGUCCGCAAAAAGAAGGCCGCAAACUUGAACAGCAUCAUCCACCGCCUGGAGAAGGCUGCCAGCCGGGAGGAGCCCAUUGAAUGGGAGUUCUGAGGGCGCCGGGCCUCUUGGCCUGAUCAGCAGGGCCUCGCCGGGCCUAGCCAGGCCUACUUGCGCCUAGCAGGUCCCCGCCAGGCCCAGUCAGCACUGGCUAGUAGUGGGCUGGGGCAGGCGGGUGCGUGGAGGGCAGUGCCGACCCGAGGCCUGGACGUGUUGCGCACUUCCGCCCUGCGGGCCACAGGGCAAAAUCGCCAUAGGCCAAGGUGCAUAUAGAAAACAAAGGAGCAUUAAGCCCAAUCUAUGUUGUGUUUUCAAGGAAGAAAACGGAAAUGUGUAGUCGAGCUUUUUUGUACCCUGAAGUGUUUUUUUUUUUUAAUUGCCCUAAGUGAUUUCCACAGGUUCUGGAAUAACUCUUUACAGCUUUUGCCUUGUGCCCUCCUCUUUCGUGUGGGCUUUAAAAAAAAAAAAAUCAAACCCACAUAUUAAAAGGGGGCUUUUUAUCUGCCAUCUAAUGGCUUCAGAGCGAUAAUACACUAUUAUCUUCUUAAACCAGGAAGGGGGGGAUUUUUCAGAAAAAUUAAAAAAGAAAGUUUUUGUAGCUGUUCAGUUGCCACUAAGAGAUUGCACAGUCAAACCGACUCUAAACACACUAGUUUGGAUUCCUAAAUAUUUUCAAGAAAAGAAUCUUCUCGUUUGAAACUUUGAAUUAAAAUAAAACACAUUUACUCCACAUAUUUUUUAACAAAAAGAAAAAAAAAGUCACAUCAGGAAAAAUAUCUGAUUUUGUGGUAGCUGACGUAGUGUUUUCUUGUACGUAAAUAGAAUCCUGACAUGUAGUGCACAUUGAUCCAUAGCUUUAACUGACUCUGGGCUUUUGCUGGCCAGAGUUUGUUUAAUACACUCCAUUCUAGGCCAAAUCAGGACAAAAAGAAAGAUCCGAAUCUAGGUAUUUUAUAAUCUGCUUUUUAACCUCUAACCGCAGAGCACGCUGAUCAGACCUCAUAUCUCGGAGGUUUAGGAGACAAGUUAGAACUGUAGCAUGUACCGGUUCAUUUUGUUUAUGGUGUCUGCAUCUGUGUUGGCACAUUUGCUCAUGUGCAAACGUCGGAAGGAAGGAAAAUGUAGGCCCGCAAGGUCACAGCAGUUAGUCCCUCCAUGUACAGGCAACUGUCUGUUCCUCUUUCGUUAGCACAGAAGGCACCUCACCUCACGCCACUCUCCAGGGCACCUGACAGACUGAGCCCCCAGGAGAAGAUGCUCCUGGGCUUGGGCAGGGCUGACGCAUCCAUGCGCUCGCUCUCUCUUCUUUCUCUUCUCCCCGUCCCCUUCCCACCACAAGCACUGAUAACCCUGUCUACUCGUGGGAAGCUUCCUUCCCUGCAGAAGAGAGAAUGCAGCAGUCUGGGCUCUAUUUCCAUCCCUAUAGAAACGGCCCAAACUCACCAAAAUGGUGACACUUCAAUUCCAGACUAGACCAUUGGCCCUUCAUUCUUUUCUCCUCUCACAAGUUUUUGUUUUGUUUUGUUUUGUUUUUUAAUGCACAGUUUAGGGCAGUCUAAGUACAAAUCAAAAGUCUAACUUGUCUCUUGAUUCCUCCCAUUGUCUAUGUGUAUAUGCGUGAGUAUAGAGGUGGAUGAGAGUGUGCGUGUGUGUGUGUGUGUGCAAUUUUAUACGUCUGUGUAUUUUCUUAAGUACCUGUGCACACAUAGAGUGCAUUACUGCCACCUUUUUCAAUAAGCUGGUUUAUCAGUCAUGGCUUCUACAGGUUUUGCUAAUUUAGACUCCUUAUUGCCAUACCUUUAAACUAACAAUAGAUGAUUUCGGUAUAUAUAUAUAUUUUUUUUUGCUUAUUUAUAGGUGCUGUAUUUUAUUAUCUGAUUGUUAGGAAGGGAUGAAAGGGGCAAAUAUUCUUUAGAGGGAUAGACUGCCGGCAGUAUUGGGUAUAAUUUACAAGAUGUAGCUGUCAUACUGUAUAUUACUGAUUGAAAACUUUUUGACCGUAUUGUGUAUCAUUGAAACUUUUGUCUUAGGUCAACAUCUUUGGAUGACAUUUUAAUGGUGCAUUCAUUAUUUCUUAAGUUUAAUUAAUUAAUAGUACUUUUUUUUUAUUUGGGAGGGUGGGAGGGAGUUCUAAUUUUAAAAGUAUCUCCCGCUAUUACACCUCAGUGUGCUUGUUAUUCUUAGCUUGUAGGCUUUGACUGUCAGAUGUGAAACCACAUUUCUUGCAUGAUGUUUGGAGCUUAUAUAUUUUCAUUCACAGUCUUUCAACCUGCAGCUGCAAGCCCUUAGUUGGAGUUUUCACAAACUAUAAGAGUCACGACACUAAAAACAAUGCCUUUUCAUGAAUGAGAAGUUUCCAGGAGGCUCUAGGAGGCUGGGAGGUAGACCCCUUUGUUCUGUCUUUGGAUGGUCUUCUGCACUUGAGAUCUGGUUCAGUGAGAAGAGAAUUCACAGUGAAGAGACAGAAGGAGAAAACUGAGUCAGACCAGGCUCUGUGCAGGGAUAUUGAGUGAGGAAGAGCUCAUUCACACCAGGGACCCAUUAGGGACAUGGAGCAGUGUCACUGGUGGGAUCAUUGUACCCCCUCCACAAAACCCUUGAGGGAAUCUGUCAUCAUGGGUGAUGGACCUUAAACCGCUCAUUUUCACUAGGAUGAGAAGCAGAGUUAGCAGGACUGAAGAGGGUAGUGUGUUCGCUUUAAAGGUGUGACUGUUACUUAACCAGUGUUAAAUCUUGAGGAAAUGGAAGUCAAGUUCUGUUCCAUCCUGGGGGCCAUACGGUAGCAGUCUAAGACAGCCUUUGGCUCUUCCAAGCAAGUUAGUCAUUUUUGUUUCUUUAACUAGGUUCUUACUGAUUUCCAUUCUGUCUCUUGUGCCAGACCUCCAUCUGGGUGCUCGAUACAAUCACUUGGUUAGGUUUUUGCUUGAGUUCUGUAUUUGUAUUUUCUCUUAUUUAUUAUUAUUAUUAUUAUUUUAAUUGAGAUCCCAACUUGAUGGGGUUUGGGGUUAAGCUAGCACUGUUUGUAGUCUUUCUAAGAAUUGCUAGUAACAACACAGAAACCUGCGGGGGUUACAUCUCCCUCCUCAUCAGAUCCUCCUUCCCUUCCCAGUUUGAGUCCAAGGGUUCAUCUUUCAUCUUGAAAAGCAAUAUUCAAGUGCCUUGAACAGCGCUCCCUCAUGCGGUGACUUUCCGCUGACUGGAGAUCCAAGCAGCAGCUCCCACAGGCAGCCAGCCACCCUCUUUACACUCUCUCAGCUUACAAAGCUGAGUGUGCUUCUCCCCCAGGGGAGAAUGGUUCCAUAUAAACACUAACACUUCAUCACAAGCCACUGCUCAUUCUAAAUGCCUUUCUCUUUAAUUAGAGGCAGCAAUCCUAACUAGUUAUCAUGCCAUUAUCCAGCUGGCUAAGUGGGAGCCCACCAUAAAAUCAGUGUUCACAUCAGGCCCCUUGAUGCCUCUUUAUUCAUGCCCAAGACCCCUUGUGGCAUCCGAAGUAAUAGGCAUGUAGGUUCUUAGACGCCUGCCCACUUGCUUCCACUCUGACCUGGCUCCCAGUCACCUCCUCCCCGAAACUUUAGUCAGUGGAGAUGUUUGAUCUCUGUCCACUAGACCUCUCUCUUACUUAAAAAAAAAAAAAAAAAAAAAAAGGCACUUAGCGGAAGUUGACUAUUUCUUAGCUAGCCACCUGAAAAAUAUCACAAGUGGCUUAUGACUGUAUCCUGGGUUGGAAUCAGUGCAGACUCUCUGGGAUGUAGUAUUAGAACUCCAGCCACACCACUUUGAAAAUGAGGCGAAAGAGGACAGCUGUCAUCCUCCUUGGGACAGAUCUUCUCUUUGCAAAACUCAGGUGUCUCCCAGUUACGCUUUCCUCUAGUCAGUGUGUCUCUCUCUUCUCCUGUUUAAAGCCACAUCUGGUAGAUGGCCCAGAAUACAGCAGGGCUAUGUGCUGAGUAUUCCUCUGGGCUCUUGUGUCCUAGAGUCUCUGCCUAUUGCUACCCACAUAACUCAUCUGCCUCUGUAGCCAGAGCUAAGUUCAGUUGUGGAGCUCAUGAGCAAGUCCAGCAGGAAGCAGCUUGUGUCCAAUGCCAAGGGGCACUCUCUAGGCAUUGCCUAGGCACUGGGGAGCUGGAGAGCUGAUGACCUGCACCACAGGUGCCUCCCUGCCACAGAAGACUAGAUAGCUUUGUUCUCCAUAGUGGUGUUUUCUUACAAAGGAGGUCUCAAUGGACCCUGAGCAUCCUGUGCAAUGGUUUGCUCCCCAUCACAGGCUUGUGCUGCUGCUGGUACCUGUAAUCAUUCCAGGUCAGCUCCCUGAGGCUGUCAGCCAUCCUUGUUAGAGAAGAUGGGCUAGAGCAAGGGAGUUGAAGGCUCUUUGGUUAUGUUACUCCUGUCCCUUCUUCAUUGUCUUCCCUCAUCUGUCUUCUACCUCACCACUUGACAUCUCUCAGAUCUGUGAGGCAAGUAGCCUGGGAAGAGGGGGGAUCAAGGGGCUGCAAGCUUGACAGAUCAUCUCAGCUUGGCAGGUGGGCUUUUUGCCUCCUUCCGUCAGCACAUCCUGGAGUGGUAUCUGAAGUCGGCUAAGCGCAGGGAUUUUUCUCUUGGCUUUCAGCUGUUCUUGGAACUCCAGCAGCUGUUGGGUCUGUAGACAGGGGUGGUCUCUAGCCUCAGAAAUUCUUGUCUUUCUCUCUGCCUUCCUUCCCACACAGCUGUCAAACUCCAUCACAGCCAUUCCUUUGGCCAGAGGUUAUCCCCAGAGGACAUAAGCACACAUCUCUUGUAUCUAGCCCUGCAACCUUGCCAGGAACUCUACUUUACAAACACAAGUAUCCCCAGGACAGGAGAGGCCAUUGGACUUUCUCCCUAUCAUGCAGACCUGGUCUUUACUUCCCAGAAGAGCGUGCUAGUUUUUGUUCCAUCUGGGUGAAAAGCAGCUCCCAGGACAGAUGGUGGAUCUGAGUUAUACCUGCUCUAGUGGCCAAAGUGCCCUAGUAGGACAUAGGGAGCUUAGUUUUGUUGUCCCUAUCGAAUUCACCUGGCAUAGCUGCCUCUGCAAUUUCUCUAAGGCUUUACUGAUUCAGGGGAAGGCUUUGUGGCCACUCCGGCAAUGUUUGUCCCAGGUGGCCUGAGACUCUUUAACUGGCUUGAUUCCAGCUCCCAGAGGUCCUGUAUGCCAGACUGACCAGUAAAAUUGCAUGCUAAGAGAAUGGACUAAUUUGAGAAAAUUUCAUUCUCAUUACUUCUGCCAGUGUAUUAUAGAUGGAAACUAACCAGAAAGUGAGGGUAGGGACAAGCUCCUCAGCAAAGGAUUCAACCCAAGACCUCAGGCUCAACCAGUGCCAGAACGGAGUUCAGGAACAGCAAAAGAAAAGCCAGGAUUCCCCAGUGUUCCACUUGAGGACCUGCUUCUUCGCCCCCUUGCCCACCCCUACCCCAUUCCUGCCACCUCCCCUCCAAAGAUCCCAUGGCCACGCCUUCAGUGGCAUAUUGAGUUUUCAUUUUUGGACAAAGUGACAUUUAGCUUUAACAAGACAUUUCCAAAGCUCCUGGUCUCCUUUGAAAUGCUGACUUGAAAAGUUCAGCAUUGUUGCCAAGAAUGAGGGGGAGGGGGCUAAUGAGAGAAAGACAUUAGAUUAUGCAUGAAUGUGCAUGCCCCAUCCCUCGGUUAUUCAAAUUUCAAAUGCCUUUGAGUUGCUUUUUGUAGAUGGGUUUAGUUUGCUCAUGUUAAAUAGAGUCUGUUACUGUAAUUUUGUAGUGUUCUGGCUUUAAUUUUUACCACAAAUAUGCUAUGUACUAAGCUUUCUGUGAUCAGAAAGGAAAGGUGCCUUAAAUCCCAAUACCACUCCUCUAUCCCUAUGGAAAAUAUAUCAGAAGCACAGCGCCAGGAAGUGUUUGGGACUUCCGUUGGCAAAAUAGGACACCAUUCAGCAAGACACAUCCAAGUGGCACGGGGCUGCUUUAGUUUGGUAUUUUUUUUUUCCCAAUCCAUAAUUAUCUUUUGUUUGUUGUUUGUUUUAUUUUAUUUUUUUGUAGUUUGCUUUAAACAGGAAGCACUUAAUAGAUGGCUCUGUGUCAAAGCUCUGUGCAAUGGAAGUCAUGUUGUUGCUUUUGUUUGGGGGGGGUUAUUUUGUUUUCUUUUUGAAAAAGAUAGCGUUAUUGCACACCAAAUGAACUCCUAAGUAAGCUUUAGAACCAGGAUCGAUUCAGGUCGUGGAUGAGUAUGUUCACUGUAGUUCUGUGUGUUCAUGAACCGAUGGGCAAGCUGGCCUACCUUGGCCACUGAGGCUCAGCCCUGAGCCCUGGGUCAUGGCUGCCUGGGUUCCAGCAGCUGGGGAACCUUCCCAAAUGCCUGACCCCACAGUUGACCCUUGAAGCACUUAACCCUCUCUUUGUGGAGAUAGACCGACUGCUACUGAUCUGUCAGCGUACUCGAGGGUGAUUAUAAAAGGAUGUUUCUUUAAGAAGAAAAAAAUAUUUCUAUCUAUUCUCUUCUAAUUUAUUAUUAGGUUAAUCAUUUAAGUACUUAUCAGGAGUGUGUUGUCAUUUUGUGUUGUUGUUACGAAUGCUUUUGCUGUCACUCCAGUGGUUACUGUCCCUUACUCCCCACCUCUUUUCUCCCCACCCCAGAGUCUGAAAAGGUCUGGGGAACUGAGGUGGGAGGUAUGAGGGACAGAAGGGAGUCCUCCAGCACAAUCAGACACCUGUCUCCCUGGUAGCCACUCAAAAACUGGCGGUCUCUACUUAUAUAACUGUUCAACUGAGAGUUGAUGAACAAAGUUACCAUGUCAGGCAGCACUGGGCGGGAGAAUUGCUUCCAGAGGCGCUAUAAUGCAGUGAGAAAACAGAAAAGCCAAGUUCAAGUUCCCCCAAAGCCUCCUAGAGCCUCUGUUAAGACUUCUGGGUUCAUGAAGGUUCGGCGAGCCUGGAUCAGGGAAGAGGCCGGCGGUCUGGCCAAGGCUGUCGUCCAGAACUGGAAAGUGAUUUCUCAGUGGUCCCCACGGGUUGCCAUAUCUUUGGUUUUCAUUGUCAGCUGUCUUUCCUUGCAUUCAAAGUUAGUCAAAAGGCAUCUUUCAAGGCAACAGGUAUUUCCUAGCCCUGGAUGUGGCUGGAGGGUACACACCUAGUUCAUGGGUUGAAAGAACCCUUUACCCUCUCAUGUCAUGAAAAAUGGAGGAAGGAUUUUCUGUGGCUGGAAAUACAGGCAGCAAGAAACCCCCAUUGCUUGCUCAGCAGAGGGUGGGGGUAUGUGGUUACCUUCACGGGAGGGGGCAAAUUUUAAAAGGAGACUCACCCCAGGGAGAGGCUAAGGGGCCUGCUCACACCCUAGGUAGGGCCGGAUACCUGCCUUUACAAACCCAAACAGUCCACUGAGGUACAGUCCACGUUUUUUUCUGUGCUAUAUUUUUCCCAUUCUCCGAAAUUGGGGGGAGAGGAGUCCCACUCAUCUCUUUGGGGGUAAAAGUUCUCCAAUAAAAUUGUCCCAGUUCCCCAAGGGUGUUUUUUUUUCUUGAUUAGUCUAUGUAUUUCUCUCUCUUCGUCUCUCUAGUUCUCUCCCCCCACACACCCCGCAUGUGUGUGUGCACAGGCACACACACAAAAUAGAUGUCUCAUUCCCCACCCUCGGAGACUGCCCCUGCCUCAGAAAAAUGCCGGACAUUUUAGAAACAUGAGAAUGCAUUUGACAAAAAACCUUCAGGCAUUUCGAGACUAGCUUGUUACAAGCUGACAGUGGGGAGGAAUCAGCUUUGUGGUUUUCCCUGAGUCCCUUCCCACAGAACAAGAAACCUAGCUCUUUGCGUUUGUGCAAUAACUACUUGCUAGGAGAGCGGGUAGCACCACCCUCCUCUAGACUACUAACACACAGCACAAGACACAAGUCAGCCCUUCCUCAGUCCCAUCAUGUGUUACAUUUUAGCAGUAUUUACUUUUUCUUUCUGUCAGGCACUAAGUCUUAGGUGUUUAUACAGCUUGUGUGUUAAUACAAUCACAGAUUUUUUUUUUUAAUUUUAAUCCUUACCAAGACCUAAUUGACCAAAAAGAAGCGAGAGGAAGAAAAAAAUUGUAAAAGAUGUGUGUGUCUCUCUUUUUUUGUACAAGUAGUUUUGAGAAGCCUUGUGUUGCUGUGACCAUCUCCUAUCAUCUUAAUUUUUCUUGCGAUUUGUUUUCUACAUUUAAUAAGAGUUGGUUCCGGCUGGCGUGGGGGUGGGGGAGGCACCCGUCGGCCCCUCAGCGUCGUCCUUCUUGUCUUUGGUUAGCCAUACGAAAUGUUUGUUCUCUGCACUGUCCAACGGUCCCUAUUAUGAUACGGAGAAGCAAUAUCACCGAAGCUCACACCAUGUAUUAUUAUUCACUAGCACCCUAGGUGUGAUAAUUGAAGUAAAUAUCUUUUAUACAAACACAA